AUGUGGUAUCAAGAGAAAACUGACAAACGGAAGCAUAGUGCAGUUCCUAAGUUCCAAUUGUGUUGUGGAAAUGGUAAAGUUGUGCUGCCACUUUUGAAAACACCACCAAUGUUGCUCAAGAAUCUUUUGUCGGAUAACAAUAAUGAACAUUCUACAAAUUAUCAGCAGAAUUGCAGGCUAUAUAACAUCAUGUUUGCCUUUACGUCUCCUGGAAUGAAAUUUGACAACAGAUACAAUACUGGAAGAGGUCCACCCAACAUGAGAAUUCAUGGGCAGUCUUGCCAUAGGAUUGGGAGCAUGAUGCCUUUGAACGGAGAAACCCCAAAAUUUGCCCAGCUUUAUAUCUACGACACUGAUAAUGAGAUUCAUCAUAGGAUGCAAGGCGUAGGUAACAAUCCAAAUAUAAUACCAAACACUGUUAGUAGGUUGAAACUUAUGCUUGAUGAAUUCAACACACAUGCUAAGUCUUUCAGAAUGGCAGCAAAUGGGUUAAAGGAUUAUGCGGUACCUGACCUCAAACUGAAAUUAAUAGCUGAUAGAUCAAAAGAUGGAAGAAUUUACAACCAACCUACCGUGUCUGAGGUUGCUGCACUAAUAGUUGGUGAUGUUGAUACAGUUGUUGUUGAAACUGACAUAAAUGGAACUUCAAUUGUAAGAAAUGUAGAUGAAAUCAAGCAAUACCUAGAUUGUAGAUAUGUCUCCCCGGCUGAAGCAUGUUGGAGGAUUUUUUCAUUUCCGAUUCAUGGGAGAUCACCUUCGGUAGAAAGGUUGUAUUUUCAUCUUGAAGGCGAAAAUCCAGUUUACUAUACUGAUCAUGAACUGAUAGAUGAAGUUCUUGACAAACCAAAUAAAAGAUAUCGACGAUGGAAACCACGUAAAAGAGGUCGUACCAUUGGACGACUAAUUUGGGUUCCUCCAAGUACCGGUGAGUUGUAUUAUCUUAGAAUGAUGCUUAUGGUUGUAAAGGGACCAACAUGCUAUGAGGAUAUAAAAAAGGUCGGUGGAAUUGUUCGUGAAAGUUAUAGAGAUGCUUGCUUCGAAAUGGGAUUUCUUAAUGAUGACAAGGAAUAUGUUGCAGCCAUAAAUGAGGCGAAGGAUUGGGGUUCCGGAUACUUUUUGAGAAAGUUAUUUGUCACUAUGCUACUAUCCGGUACAAUUGAUAGGCCACGACAUGUUUGGGAAAAAACUUGGAGGAUUUUAUCCGACGACAUGCAGUUGUCAACCACUAAGUUGAAAAAUUUGACACUAAUAGAAAUUGAGAAUAUGAUGCAACUGAAUCGAAGAAGUUUGCAUGAAUUUAAGGACAUGCCUUAUCCAGAUUCGUAUGUCACACGACAUGUCGGCAACAGACUGAUUUAUGACGAACAUGAUUACAAUGCCGAUAAUGAACGUGAAAAAUUCCAGAAUUUAUUUGCUGCCCUAACAGAUGAACAACGUUCAAUCUUUGAACAAAUUAUGGAAGCUGUGAACAAACAAAAGGGAGGGGUGUUUUUUUUACAUGGCUAUGGAGGCACCGGAAAAACUUACAUGUGGAGAACAUUAUCAAGUGCAAUCCGUUCUAAGAAAAAAAUAGUUCUUACUGUUGCUUCAAGUGGGAUAGCUUCGUUGUUAUUGCCAGGGGGUAGAACUGCCCAUUCAAAGUUCAAAAUUCCCGUGCCAACACUUGACAACUCUACUUGCAAUAUUGACAAAGACACCGAACAUUCGGAGUUAUUUGAAGCAACGAAUGUCAUUAUAUGGGAUGAAGCACUUAUGGCCCAUAAAAACUGUUUUGAGGCAUUAGAUAAAACUCUUAAAGAUGUGAUGAGCAAAAAAGGUCUUGCAAAUACAAUAUUUGGCGGAAAGGUUGUUGUUUUCGAAGGAGAUUUCCGCCAAAUUCUUCCAGUUGUUCCAAGAGCAGGCCGUUCUGAUAUCGUACAUGCUUCCAUCUGUUCUUCUUAUGUAUGGGACUAUUGUCAGGUUCUAACACUAACAAAAAACAUGAGACUUCAGCAUGGAAGAGAUGAUGUACAAUAUUUACAAGGAAAAGCAAUACUUGCCUCAACCAUUGAAGUUGUGGAAAAAAUCAAUCAUUAUGUGUUGGACAUGAUACCAGGAGAAGAGAAAGAGUAUUUGAGUUUCGAUUCAAUUGAUAGAACCGAUACAAGUUAUACUGAAGCUUAUGAAGUUCUCACACCAGAAUUUCUUAGUAAACUUAGAACAUCAGGUCUACCAAAUCAUAGGAUCAGAUUGAAGGUUGGAACUCCAAUAAUGUUAAUGAGGAAUUUGGACCAAAGUGAAGGAUUGUGCAAUGGAACAAGAUUAAUUGUUACAAGGUUGGCAAAUCAUGUAAUUGAGGCAAAAAUAAUGUCUGGCAAGAACAUAGGUAACAUGUUUUACAUUCCUCGCAUGUCAGUGUCACCGUCUGAGUCACCUUGGCCAUUUAAGCUAAUUAGGAGACAAUUUCCAAUCAUUGUCUCCUACGCAAUGACCAUUAAUAAAUCCCAAGGCCAGUCGCUCGAUAGCGUCGGAUUGUAUUUGCCUACACCUGUUUUUAGCCAUGGCCAAUUGUAUGUGGCAAUUUCAAGGGUUACAACAAAAGGUGGUCUAAAAAUCUUAAUUCAUGACAACUAG